GUCCGGCGCCGAGAUUCAAACUAGUGGCGGGAGGCUGUGAGCUGAGCGGCGGCCGUCUGCGUACGCCUGGAGUCCUUCCCCGCUGUGCUCAGCAUGGACCCUAUCCGGAGCUUCUGCGGGAAGCUGCGGUCUCUGGCCAGCACGCUGGACUGCGAGACGGCCCGGCUGCAGCGAGCGCUGGACGGAGAGGAAAGCGACUUUGAAGAUUAUCCAAAGAGAAUUUUAUAUGACCUUCAUUCAGAAGUUCAGACUCUAAAGGAUGAUGUUAAUAUUCUUCUUGAUAAAGCAAGAUUGGAAAAUCAAGAAGGCAUUGAUUUCAUAAAGGCAACAAAAGUACUAAUGGAAAAAAAUUCAAUGGAUAUUAUGAAAAUAAGAGAGUAUUUCCAGAAGUAUGGAUAUAGUCCACGUGUCAAGAAAAAUUCAGUACACGAGCAAGAAGCCAUUAACUCUGACCCAGAGUUGUCUAAUUGUGAAAAUUUUCAGAAGACUGAUGUGAAAGAUGAUCUGUCUGAUCCUCCUGUUGCAAGCAGUUGUAUUUCUGAGAAGUCUCCACGUAGUCCACAACUUUCAGAUUUUGGACUUGAGCGGUACAUCGUAUCCCAAGUUCUACCAAACCCUCCACAGGCAGUGAACAACUAUAAGGAAGAGCCCAUAAUUGUAACCCCACCUACCAAACAGUCACUAGUAAAAGUACUAAAAACUCCAAAAUGUGCACUAAAAAUGGAUGAUUUUGAGUGUGUAACUCCUAAAUUAGAACACUUUGGUAUCUCUGAAUAUACUAUGUGUUUAAAUGAAGAUUACACAAUGGGACUUAAAAACGUGAGGAAUAAUAAAAGUGAGGAGGCCAUAGAUACAGAAUCCAGGCUCAAUGAUAAUGUUUUUGCCACGCCCAGCCCCAUCAUCCAGCAGUUGGAAAAAAGUGAUGCCGAAUAUACCAACUCUCCUUUGGUACCUACAUUCUGUACUCCUGGUUUGAAAAUUCCAUCUACAAAGAACAGCAUAGCUUUGGUAUCCACAAAUUACCCAUUAUCAAAAACAAAUAGUUCAUCAAAUGAUUUGGAAGUUGAAGAUCGUACUUCGUUGGUUUUAAAUUCAGACACCUGCUUUGAGAAUUUAACAGAUCCCUCUUCACCUACGAUUUCUUCUUAUGAGAAUCUGCUCAGAACACCUACACCUCCAGAAGUAACUAAAAUUCCAGAAGAUAUUCUCCAGCUUUUAUCAAAAUACAACUCAAACCUAGCUACUCCAAUAGCAAUUAAAGCAGUGCCACCCAGUAAAAGGUUCCUUAAACAUGGACAGAACAUCCGAGAUGUCAGCAACAAAGAAAACUGAAAUUCCAGUGGAUCUAUCCAAUACAGAAACUGAACAGAAUGAGAUGAAAGCUGAGCUGGACCGAUUUUACCAUUCACAUUGCCCUGCCUCUGUCCCCCUUUAAACGUUGACCCAUUUUAAAGACAAACAUGAACAUUAACAUCAUAAUGUGCUUUUUAUGAAGUUUCAAUAAGGUUUAACCUUAGUCUUGUUGACAUGUAGCCCAGUCAUUCACUCUUUAAGGAUUAUUAGUGUUUCAUUGAUACUAAAUUACCCAGCUUAAUCAACAGAAUGGUUUAAGUAGUACCAGGAAGUAGGACAAGUAAUUUCAAAAAUAUAAAGGUGUUUGCUACUCAGAUGAGGCCGCCCCUGACCUUCUGGCCAGAGAGACAUUGCUGCCAGCCAGCUCUGCCUUCCCAUCAUCUCCUUUCAGGACCGUCCCACACCUUUUACUUGCUCAGUGCUGUCUGAAGAUGCCAUUGAUUCUGAAAUGUAUACCAGCCUUUCACUGUGUACCGUGUGUAUAUAAAUCCACAAAACCGGAUGAGCUGCUUAGGGAGGGAAUAUAUUCAAAGUGUACCAAGGACCAAAUCCUGGAGUUCUCCCAACUUUAGAGGAUGGAAAGGGGCAGAGUAAUCUAGCAAAGGAGACUGAGAAGAGGCCAGUGAAGUAGGAAGAAAGUAUUUCAAGGAGAGAUGAUUCUGUGAAUAUUGCUGAGAAUUCAAGUAAAAAGAGGACUGAGAAUUGACUGUUGGCUUUGGCAAAGUCGAUGUUAUUGACAACAUUGAUUAAUUUUGAUGGAGUGCUGGUACUAGAAGUCUGUAGUGGAUGGAAGAGAAAACAGCUGAGGAGGUAAAACAGUGGCUUUAGACAGCUCUUUUGAGGAGUUUUGCUAAAGAAGGGAGGCGAGAGAAGGCGUAGUAGCUAGAAGAGGUUAUGUAGUGAAGAGGUUUUUUAAAGAUGAGUGUAUUAGUCUGUUCUCAUGCUGCUAAUAAAGACAUACCCAAGACUGGGUAAUUUUUAAAGGAAA